UGUCAGGCAUGGACAACAUGGACCGAGGUUUCUUCCGGAAGGUGGAUGUGCCAGACCACGCUCAUUACAUCGUGGCCUGCUUUGUCGUGGUGAUUGGAGCAGUAGGGGUCGGUGGGAACGCCCUGGUGAUGUACGCCUUCUUCAGUAACAAGAAGCUUCGGACGCCUCCCAACUAUUUCAUCAUGAACCUGGCAGUGAGUGACUUCCUCAUGGCCGUCACACAGUCCCCCAUUUUCUUUGUCAACUGUCUCUACAAGGAGUGGGUGUUUGGAGAAACAGGCUGUAAGAUGUAUGCCUUCUGUGGGGCCUUAUUUGGGAUCACCUCCAUGAUCAACCUGCUGGCUAUCUCCAUUGACCGCUACAUCGUCAUCACCAAGCCCCUGCAGGCCCUCCACUGGACCUCUAAACGCCGCACCUCCGUCGUCAUCGUCAUAGUCUGGCUCUACUCGCUGGCCUGGAGCCUGGCGCCUCUCCUGGGGUGGAGUUCCUAUAUCCCGGAGGGCCUGAUGACAUCCUGUACGUGGGAUUAUGUGACCUCCACACCAGCCAAUAGGAGCUACACUCUAAUGCUAUGCGUCUUUGUGUUCUUCAUCCCUCUGGGUAUCAUCUCUUACUGCUACCUCUGCAUGUUCCUGGCCAUACGCACCGGUAGUAGAGACAUGGAGAAGCUGGGCAGUCAGGUAAGGAAGUCCACCCUGAUCCAGCAGCAGUCCAUCAAGACUGAGUGGAAGCUGGCCAAGAUUGCCUUUGUAGUCAUCAUCGUGUAUGUGAUGUCCUGGUCUCCCUACGCCUGCGUCACCCUCAUCGCCUGGGCUGGCUAUGGAAGUGCCCUCAGUCCCUACUCCAAGGCCGUCCCUGCUGUCAUAGCCAAAGCCUCAGCCAUCUAUAACCCCUUCAUCUAUGCCAUCAUCCACUCCAAAUACCGAGACACUCUGGCAGAGAAGGUUCCCUGUCUGCACUGCCUGGCCCAGACCCCUAGGAAGGACUUUAUCUCUGUGUCCAACAGUGAGUCCUCCUUCAGGGACUCCAUGCUCAGCAGACAGUCCUCCACCUCCAGGACAAAGUUCCAUAGAGUGUCCUCUAUGUCCACCGGAGACACAAUGAGGAGUGAUGUCGAGCUGGACCCCAUGGACCAGCAGGGCCAGUCUCUGAGAAUCAGCCACUCCUCUGGAGCUCUGAGGGUGAAGGAGUGCAGACAGUCAUCCCAGCAGCGGGCCAAGAUAAGGAACAGCAACAGUCAGGAAAAGUGUGAGAGGGGCUCACUGAGCAGCUGUGACCACGACCUGGUGUCUGAAUCUGUCAACAUGGCCACCGUGCCCCUCCUUAUGACCAGAGAGGAGGCUGGAGAGGGGUGGCAGGAGCAGGACAAGGAGAAGACCCAGGACAGAGUCCCCCAGUCAGCCCUUGAGGUGGAGCCAGCCUCACCCCCUAGGAUCCCCAGGACCCUGAUCCACAACAAACACAGACACUCUAAUGUUUCCCAGAUCAUCAUCAUCCCCUCGUCAGAGACGACGGGGGACUAUAAGGGGGAGGAGCAUGGAGCACAGUCCCGUGAGAAGAACUUGCUACUGGGCCUGCAGAGUUUAAACUGCUCCACUGAACUGCUGGAGUCGGUAGAGAAAUUCCUCUCCUGA